AGCGUUGUGCGUGGGCAGCAACAUCCAUCAGCUUGCGGUGUGUGGGGGGCAGUCACUCAGUCACUCAGAGAGAGAGCUAAGAAGGGCAGCUUCCUUGCCCACCCCACCAGAACCCAUCCAUCAGCUGCGGUGUGUGGAGGGCAGUCACUCAGUCAGAGAGAGAGAGCUAAGAAGGGCAGCUUCCUUGCCCAUCCCACCCCACCACCCGAGACCCGCCAUGCGUAACUCCACGCUGCUGCUGCUCCUGCUGCUGCCCCUGCUGCUGCCCCUGCUGGGCCCAUCGCCGUGCCGCGUCGGCGCCUUCGAGCCCGUGGUGACGACGCUGGUCGUGGCCACGGCGUCGGCCCUCACCUGCCUCCUCUCCUACAGCGGGCCGCGCGUCUCCUGCUGGCUGGGCGAAUGCUGCAGCGAGCCCUGGAUACAGCUCAACGUCACCGUUCUCAAAGAGGAGCUGGACCAACAACUCUUCGGGCAGCACCUGGUGCACCACGUGGUGUUCAGGGCCAUGGGCGGGUACGCGAGCAACCCGAGCCCGCAAAAGGCCCUGGCGUUGUCCUUUCACGGCUGGACGGGCACCGGCAAGAACUUCGUGUCGAACAUCAUCGCCAAGAGCCUCUUCGUCGAGGGCCAGAAGAGCAACUUUGUGCACACGUUCGUGGCCACGGUGCACUUCCCGCACGCCGCCCACGUGGACACGUACAAGGAGAAGCUGCAGGGCUGGAUCCGCGGGAACGUAACCGCGUGCAAACAUUCCGUGUUCGUCUUCGACGAGAUGGACAAGAUGCACCCCGGCCUCAUCGACGCCAUCAAGCCGUUCCUCGACUACUACCCCAUCCUGGACGGCGUCGACUACCGCCACGCCAUCUUCAUUUUCCUCAGUAACGCCGGAGGUAACGACAUCAACGAGGUGGCGCUGCGCUUCUGGAACGAGGGCCGCAAGCGCGAGGAGAUCGUCCUCGCGGACACGGAGAAGGUGCUCACAAUGCGCGCCUUCAACGACAAGAACAGUGGCUUUUGGCACGCGAGCCUCAUUGACAAGCACCUCAUCGACUUCUUCGUGCCCUUCUUGCCACUGGAGCACCAGCACGUGCGCAUGUGCGCGCGUGCGGUGGCGCGGUCACGCGGGGUGCAGCUGCUUGAUGCCGUGGAGCGUGUGGCCAAGGCCGUUGCCGAUGAGAUGGCCUACUUUCCCGAGAACGAGGGCAUCUUCUCUGUCACGGGCUGCAAGAGCGUCGCCCAGAAGGUGGAGUUCCACUUGUGAAGACGACGACGACGGCGGAGGAGGAGGUGGAGGAGGGCAUGGAGGGGGAUGGAGGGAGGAGGUCGAGACUUUCCCAACGGGCGGAGAUCAACGAUGCCGCCCUGUUGCCAUCGUGUGGACUUUUUUGUUUUGUUUAAAUCUCUGCGGUGUUGCAUCUCGUACACCACCAGAUCAUGAAGUUUUUGCUACGUAUUCGCGUAACAAUUCUAUCAAAUCUAUUUAAUGCUGACGACUUGUGUUUAUAACAAACAAAAAAUCGAUGCGAUCAUUUUCCUGCGCGCGAUGGCAUCGGCGGUAAUGUUCAGAGGCCAGUUGCCAAUGUGGAGUUCCUGCUGCUGGUGCUGCUGGCCAUGAUGAGGGUUUCAGUAAAAAGUUUGUUUAGUUUCGCUGUACCUCCUCCUGCUUCCUCUACGUAUUCUUUGGGUUACGUGGCCAAAAUCACACCGUGGCUUAUUUUUAAACACACCACCGAGUCUACGUGUAACUACAUCUGUGUGACAACUCCGCGCGUGUCCAUGGGUUUCGUAGUUUGUGCUGCGCGGCCACAACCUGCGCCAGUCCUGUGGCUUUUAUUUUCCAUCUACGAAGGUGUGGUGCAGCAUCGGUCUGACACGGUUGAUGGUGUUCCCCCUAUGAUGAGCGAGUGAGCGGGUGGGCAGAUGAGUGACCGGGUGAGUGGGUGCGUCCGUAACUGGGUGGGUGAGUGACUGGGUGAGUGGGUAGGUGAGUGACUGGGUGAGUUAAUGGUUCCACCGGUUGUGAGCGAGUGACUGGGUAGGUUAGUGACUGGGUGCAUGGUUAGGUGAGUGAGUGGGUGAGUGACUGGCUGAGUGGGUAGGUGAGUUGAUGGUUCCACCAAUCGGUGUCUUCGAGGUGGAGGAGGAAGUCAAAGCCUGGAGAAGGUGCGAUGACGAUGUGUGGGUCUCAAAUGAGCUGUUCAUUUUUCUGUACGUCCGCGUUGUUCCACUCUGUACCGCACAGCAGCAGUAGCAGCUUUCCUGUGGACCUGGGUGGCGAGAUUCUAGGAUGGCAGCAACGCGAUCCCAGAAGGAUUUGGUGUCAUUUAGCGCUUGCCUGUGUUACCGGAAGCCCACUUGCUCUCAGGGGGAGAGGAGACUAUGGGAGGUCGUAGACGGGCAGCCGGUGUCACCGCGGCGGCUAGCCGGUGCUCCUGCGUUGGCCGGUGCUGCUGCUGCUGCUGCUGCUGCGGGUGCAAGCGUCGUGGCCCACGAACGCCGGAGUGGAUCAACCCUGGCGAGCGUGUGCCGUCCUCAUGGAACAUAAAACCAUCGCGCGAACUGCGGUCGCCAUUCUCACAGCGGCGGCGGUGGCUUCUGUGGCUGACCAUCGAAAUGAAGGCGGUGGUCGCCACAUCGCACGGCGCUUUCGGAGGCGCAUCUGCGGCCGUCUGGAACGCCCUUCCGAUGUUAUGAGAAGCACUUUUGAAUCGUCUCGAUUGAAAACUGGUUCUUGCGUUUCGUUUGCUGCCCUUCCUGCGAUGAGUGGCUACAUACGGCGCGAAAGAAGUUCAACAAACAUAAUUAAGUACCGUUGUCAAGGCGACCGGUUAGCGACGUGAUGAUUGGCUGUUAAUGCCAUGGUGGUUGGAUGAUAUUGUGGUGGGCAGUGCCGGAUUAAGCUAGUGCGGUGCCUGUAGCGUAUGUUAUAAAGGGGCCCUAAAAAACUAAUAUUAAAACACAAAUGUUUAACUUGCAUAGUAAUGUGAUUGUAUUUUUUCAUUUGCUACACUGGCAGAUAAUACGACAAAUCGCUAGCCUUAAACACCCGGUCGUUCAUAAAAGUUGAAGGCGGUAUCGUACUAUAUUAAUAGAGCAAGUGCAGAAUCAUUGAACCGGAAUUGAUAGCUUUAAAGCAUUUAGCGCGGAGCCCUUGAAAGUACAGGGCCUGUAGUAUAUGUAGCUACUUGUGCUACUUGGAUAAUCCUGCACUCGUGGUGGAUGAUGUCCUGAUUGGAUGUUUAUAAACAUGGUUGGAUGAGAUGUGAUUGUAUGAUGUCAUGGUGGAUGUUGUCAUGGUGAUUGGAUGUUGUCAUGGUGAUUGGAUGAUGUCAGCGUGGA